UGCCUGCGCGAGGUGCUCGUCGCCUUCGAGGGCUGCGUGACGGAGCAGCGGGACGUGCUGCUCGGGCCCUACCUGCGCGGCUGGCGGGGGCUCAUCCGGUUCCUCAACAGCCUGGGCGCCAUCUUCUCCUUCGUCUCCAAGGACGCGCUGGCCAAAAUACAGAUCAUGGAGCGCUACUGCAGCGGCGCGCGGCGCGACGAGUACCGCACGCUGCAGUCCAUGGUGCGCUACGAGGUGGCGCACGGGCUGGUGGACACGCAGCGGCGCGCCGAGCACCCCGACUCCGGCUGCCGCACGGUGCUGCGCCUGCACCGCGCCCUGCGCUGGCUCCAGCUCUUCCUCGAGGGGCUGCGCACGAGCCGCGAGGACUCCAAGACGUCGGCCAUCUGCACGGACUCGUACAACGCGUCGCUGGCGCGCUACCACCCGUGGGUCAUCCGCAAGGUGGCCACGGCCGCCUUCUGCGCGCUGCCCUCGCGCAACGCCUUCCUGGAGACCAUGAACGUGGGCGGCCCCGACGAGGCCGUGGCCAUGCUGGCCGAGGCCCUGCCCCACAUCUGCAGCGUCUACGGCAUCACCGAGGAGCUCUACGCCCAGCACGAGCUGCUCGACCUGCCCUGAGCGCAUGCACGGACCCACASAAGUCCUCGUGGCUCCUCCAGGGAAGGCUGUUGUCACACACGAACUAACUGCUGCUCGCACCCUGGGGCACUUCUUUCCUUUUUCAGUACAGAGGUAACAGGCUGGCAAAUCUAUCCAAGAUGCCUCACUUCCUAAGAAAAAAAUAUAUGUGUAUAUACACACACACACACACACACACACACACAUACAAUACUCAUGCACAUUUUGCCUUAGCUAUGCAGGAAGUCUAACACUUUGCUUAAAAGAGUUUCUUUCCUUCUUCCUCCUUCAGAACUCCAGCUAGGUUUUGUAGAGGUGCGUUGUUUUGGGGUUUUUUUUAAGCCAAAAUGAGCAGUCUUAGCCACUUCUGUGCGUUGACAGCAGUAGCUGGGAUCUCCCGUGCCUAAAACUCAUGCAUUAAACUCAGGUGUUCCAGCCCUGCUAUACCCUGAACUAUUUCUCUGCACAUGAGCUCACUUUGCCACUUGCUUUAGAAGUUGCUCCCCGAAUAGAUGGGAGCUUUUGCUCUGUGUUAUGUUUAAAGCCAAAAACGUGAUACAGAUCAUGUGUCUCUGAAAGGAAGCACUUUUCCCARUGGCCACAGACUCAGCCCAUGAUUGCUGCUCAUUCUGUAGUACCCAGUUUUAAAGAUGGUGUUGCAUUUUGUUCCCAAAAGAUACUAGCUUUCCUUUGCAUACAGCUGCAUGAAGCAGGAACAUCCUCUCAAUGUACAUUCCCCUGCUCAUUACUUUUCUAUAUUUUAUGCAUCAUGGGACUCAGAGCAACUUUCAGUAUGCACUACACCAUUAUAUAUCCAGGUAAACCUSUUAUUAAUUUAUAUGUUUUCAAGCUGCACUUCUAAAUUGUGUUUUCAUGUUUUGUUUUCUUAAAUGAAUGUCAUAUGCCUACAGAAACUAUCUCUGACAGGAGAAAUCUGAAUUUAUGCUCUAAGUCACUGCUCUGAAGCGUAUGGCUUCCAAUCAGUGCAAGUGACUUCUAUGCAUGAAACACUGUAUAUUUAUAUACAUAUGUGUAUAUAUACACGUGUAUAUAUAAUGAAGGACAUUAAAUGAAGUUUACAUUGCUUUCUAAGAGCUGAAAAAACACUAUACUGCUAUUUUUAWAAGACAUGAAUACUUGGAACGCUUGUGAGAAUCGCACAAAUUUUGUUAUAUAUUUUGUCUGUAUCUCAAAUCAGAGGCACUUGGACUAAUUUGAAACUGCAUGAUUUGGGAAAUCACCAUCAUGCCAUGGAAUUAGUCUUAACUCAUCAUCAAACUUAACUUUCCUCUGAAGAGCAUCCUCUGCAGGAAUGAUUUCCUUCUUGUGUUGCUGAAGGAACAUCAUUUUGUGGUGUCCUAUAUUCCU